CCCUUCCUCCCCCCUUCUUCUUCUGCUCCCCCUCUUGCUCUCCCCUCCUGCUCCCCCCUCUUGCUCUCCCCGUCUUCUCCUCACAGUCAUGCGGCCCGUCUCCGUAGCCCUCGUGGCUUUCGCGCGUUCGCAGCAGGCCACUUCGGAUCAGGACGUUUUGCUGCUCCGUUCGAGGUCACGAUGGAGAGCCGAUCGGACAGGACGGAGGGGGGCCGGCGGACACCUUGCAGGGGGAGGGCGUGGACAUCGGCAGCCUGCCCCACCGGUUCGGCCGCGUCUACGGCCGCAACUGCACUCGUGCCGACUACGGCGGGGUGGACCCUUUCUGCAUGAACGGCUGCCUGCGCUGUGGCCACGAGACGACCAUCCUCCCCGGCCGCUGCGUGUAUGCUUGCUCAGACUGCGUGGACGACGCGCUGUCUUUGGCCAUUGCGGUCGGGCAGCAGUGCCCGGGACUGGGCCCCAUGAUCAUGGGCACACAGGCCCAGGAGGCAUACAGCGUCGUUUGUGCUCGCUACCUGGGGACGGGCAGGUGGUCGCGCAGUUUUCUUCGCUGGUCCUCGUGGGCCAACCUGGGAGUUCUGGCGGGCAUCACUCGCGUCGACCUCACGCGAGCGUGGCGGAACUUGCCUCGUGCCGCUGCGGACGACACCGCAGGCCCGUGGCCAGCAUCUCCAGACCUGGCGCGAGCGCCCCGCACGGCGGUCGUGAUGGCCUUCCUGUGCUGGGCUCUGAUGCAGACAGGGGCAGCUCUCUUGCUUGCAUUCGGGCCUGGGGUGUUCUUUCUUCCCUUCGCAGGGGCCAGCUUCGAGGGAGCUCUUCCUUUCACCGGCUACAGGGAGUUCGAUAUGUUGUCCGAGAUUACCUUCCCACUGGCCUGCUGUCUUCUAGCGUUUGGCCUUCUCGUCAAUGAGCUCGCGCGAGCGACGCAGCGCGGUAGGUUCACUUCAGUGGAUUCGCUGCACCGCGUUCCGUAUUUCUCAUGCCUCGCGAUACUUGUCAACGUGCUCUAUCUGUCCUGUCUGUUUAUUCGCUACUACGGCAACUCGAUCUCAAAUCUUGUUGCGAUGCACCUCUACGUCUACAUGUACGGCGCUGCGAUCGUGUACCUGGCUGUUGCUCUGCCCUACGCUGCGGUGCAGUGCCUCUGCUUCGCCCCUGCCGGCCUGCGCCCCGCGGGCUCCCUGGCCCUCCCGUGCCUGCACCUCGUGGGGCUCGCCUUCCUGGCCGAAGGCAACCUCGUCCCGGAGCUGCUCGCCCUGGUCUCGACCUCGGCCUGCCUGACCAUCAUGUGGGCGACCAGACGGGCACCGCAGGCGGAUCGUGCCCUCGCUCCCAGGUCCAGCAUCUCCCUGGAGGCGCCGCGCAGCCCUGCCAGGGCGCUCCGGCCCGGCUGAGGCCGAGGCUGGACGCCGUCGGCGCACCCAGCGCGCGCCCGCGGGGCGGGCAGGCGCGUGGCAGGCGCGCAGCGGCAGCGCGGAGAGGCGCAGUCUGGAGCCAGACGCCGUCGGCCACAUCACCGGGACCGGUGCGCGCGGGGAGGCAGCGCGCAGCGGGAGCCCCGAGCAGCUGCUCGGCGUCGCGUCGCCGAGCCGGAGCCGCCUGGCAGGGCCGGGGGCAGGCGCGCGCCGGAGCAGCAGGCACCGCUGCUGCUGCUGCUGCCCGGCGAGGUGCCGGAGGCGAGGUUCGAGCUGGCUGGGCGUCGUGCCCGAGGGAGCAGAGGAAGCAGGGAGGUUGCGGGCGGAACGUCCGUCCAGGGCCAGCCUGCAUGAGAGGUGCGCAGGUCGGUGGUCGGCUGUUGGGUGGCGGUUUGUGGCUGGUUGCACUGCUGGUGAGAGCGAUCCCCGACGCGGCCUGACACUGCGGCGGGCAGCCGAUCGGCGCGGCGGUGCGGCGUCGACGUCUUGCGCUGGGGGUCUCCGGAGCGAACGGCAGGCUGGGCCGCUGCCCCG